UACGGCGCGCCCCUACGAUCUCGAUUCUCACAAAAUAUAGACGACAGAAAGAAAACAAAACAACAUGGCAGAUGACGUAGAGGAAUCUGAGGUUUUCGAAAUUACAGAUUUUACGACUGCUUCAGAAUGGGAGAGAUUCAUAUCUCGGCUGGAGCAGGUCAUUCACGAUUGGAGGCUCCCAUCAGCUCAUUUAGGACCCCCUCUUAAAAAGGGUGAGUUCACAGCAGGCAAAUGGGAAGAGAAAUCAGAGAAUGUUUCCUUUGCAAACUUCAACUUCCUCAUGAGUGAGCAUCGCCUCAAAAUGGAAGGAGAAGAGGAAGAAGGGGAGGAAUCGGAACAAGAGGAUGAUGGAGGCAAGAAUGUAGAGGAGGAUGAUAAGAUUCCUCAGCCUAUAGAGGAUAUGCUUGCAUCUGGAAAUGAUUUUCCUCCUCGAGCACAUUGCCUUUGUAGAUGGUAUGGUUUGAGGCACUUUGUGGUCCUCUCUCCCGCUGCAAACACGGAGGCUAUUCUUAGCGAGAGCAAGUGCAAUCUGCUUUUAAGCUCACUCACGAUAGCAGUUAACAACACCAACUGUGCUGUGCCAAUGUUUGCCCAGAUACAGCAGAAAUGGCGACGGAUGUACACGGGGGUGUGUGAAGCCCCUGUCCGCACGACCUUUGACAUUGUACACCUUAAACGGAUACCUCAUCAGUACAGCCAUCUUGAAGGGCUCGUCAAUGUUUUCAAAUCAAAACUGGCUUGCCCUGUUUCACAUCCUCAAGUCAGUGUUGCUGUGCGGUUCACCUAUGUACUUCAUGACUGGACUCAGUUCUCAUGGCCUCUCCUCCCUCCAGACCUAGAUAUGAUGGAAGAUGAUAGUGAUGUUGGAUACCCUGGUUUCACCACUCUGCCCUAUGGUGCUGUAGAAGAUCCUGUCAGUGAGCUUCAUCUAGCAGCCACCUGGCCCUCUAUAGCUGAGGACAUGAUAGUUGAUAAUGACGUCUACUCUGAUCUUGACCCUAUCCAGGCCCCUCAGUGGUCAGCUAGAGUUCAUAUGACAGAGAACCCUAGUAGCUUACUUGAUGACUAUCUAAAAAGUUUUGCCAAGCUUGCCCAUAGUAAGGAAUCAAUUGAUCAGCUCCUCGGUGGAGGUGCAUUUGAAGAUGAUGAUGAUGAUACCUCUGAGCAGGUGAGUUUAGCCCUUCACAGGUUGACUGAUCCCGCCCGUGUUCAGUUCCCCACGCUGUCCUCAGUGAUGAGUAGAGCCCAAGCGGCUCAGCGUAGGAUACGAACCCAAGGCAAUCAGACGUCAAGACUGGAGUCACCUAUACCUGUGAACAUCCUCAAUGAUGUUCUUGUGUUUCUGUUUCCUGAUGCGAGUGCAGCCUCUACUCCUGCUGGUGAGAGUGCAUCUACACCGAAUGAAGACACAGAAAAGGACUUUGAUAAAAAGGAGAGAUAUCGUCACUUCAAGACGGCUCCAGAGUCCAGCUUGACCUACAAGCUAGCCAUCAGUAUGUGUGUAGUCAACCAGUGUCAUGGAGGUCUGAAAGGGGUUGCGCAUCUAUGGCAUGAGUUUGUUCUAGAGAUGAGGUACCCUUAAAACAACUACAAUAUACCUGGUCUUGGAUCAACAGCUCCUAACAUGGGUUGCUGUCUCCUUCAUCAAAAGUUACAGAUGCUUAAUUGUUGCAUAGACCGUAAGAAGGCAAGGGAAGAGAGGCGGAAACAGCAAUCCUCUCCAACAAAAGACUCCAACCUGCCAAAGACUAGUCUCACAUCUGACCAAUCAGAUGAUAAAGUGAGUCCUACCGAGAAUCAUCAUCAUCAUCAUCAUCCAUCAAUCAUCCAGGGGGGGAGGAGCUCCGUCUCACGAGGCCGUGACAAGGAUCGUGAGAGCUGCAUCAUCACGGAGCAAGGACAGUGUGCACAGGAGCAGUCUAUCAAUCAGGAGUAUGCAGAGAAGAUGAUGCAUGAAGACAUGGACGUCUCAUUAGAAGACGCAGAGAAUAAAGAUGUUGGCAAUGAGAAGGGUCAAGGAUCAAGAAAAGAAGAUGGAGGAAAGGAAGAGUUGAAACCUGAAGGAAGAUUAAAACAGUGCGGAGAACUCAGAUUACAACAUACCAAUGAAAUUCUGUACAUUCCAGUUACGCAGGACCCAGCACCGAUGACUGAAGAUAUGUUAGAGGAACACGCUGAGGUGUUAGCCCAACUUUGGACCUCAUCAGAAGGCAUGGAACUCAGAGCUAGGAUGCAGAGUGCUUGCCUUCUAUCUGAUAUGGAGUCUUUCAAGGCUGCAAACCCAGGCUGCACCAUAGAAGACUUUGUGAGAUGGUACUCCCCUAGAGAUUGGGUCGAUCAGGAUGACCCUCUCAUGCCCGCUGAUGAACAGGGUCAGAGGGCAGGGGUCAGGGGUCAACUUAGCCAGAGGAUGCAGUUGCCAGGUAACACAUGGCAGGAGGUGUGGAGUCAAUCAAGACCUGUUCCUUGUCAUCGUCAGAAGAGAUUGUUUGAUGAUACCAAGGAAGCAGAGAAGGUGCUUCACUUCCUAGCGUCUGUGAAACCUUCUGAGCUGGUCUUGCAUCUCCCGGUCCUGGUGCACGCAGCUCUGCAGAGACUCGAAAAAGCAGGUGCAGAGAAAGUGCCAUCUUUGAAGCCUCAUUUUCCUCAGCUUCUGAACACAGCAUCAAGGAUGACAAGAGCUCCUGUUCAGGAUAUCAAGAAAUAUGAGGAGAUAGUCAAGCAGGUUGGGCUUGUAGAAGUCAUUAUCGCCAGAGACCAGUCCCUCCGAGCUAAGUUCCUCCCCUCUAAUGAGAGUGGAGCAGACCAUCUUAGCCAUGCUGCUGUGCAGGAACUGGAGGAGUUUGUGACCAAACUACAGGAGCAACCGGAGGUGUUUGUACACAAGGCUGGGAGGGGUGUAGUGGGAGGCAUUAUUCAUAAACUCUACAGUGCGGCUCAACGGUCUGCACACAUGUUAACUGAUGGAUCAUCUGACCAGGAAGCCAGCAACGGUGAAAGCUACUCAGCACUGACCAUCUUAGAGAAGGAGAAGACCGGUGGAUCCUCAUCAUCGGUUCCAGACUUCCCUCGUCCAGCUGGUAGAGAGUUCAUCCUCCGCAGCAUGGUGCCACGCCCUGCACCCUACUCCAGGCCGACGCCCCAGAGGAUGUACUGUGUUCUACUGGACGAUGAUUUCAGACUAGCUGGAGGAUUCACAGAGGAUACAUCUUUCCAGUGAAGCUGAUCUCAAGCCACGCCCUGCACCUUACUCCAGGCCGACGCCCCGGAGGAUGUACUGUGUUCUACUGGACGAUAACUUUAGACUAGCUGGAGGAUUCACAGAGGAUACAUCUUUCCAGUGAAGCUGAUCUCAAGCCACGCCCUGCACCCUACUCCAGGCCGACGCCCCAGAGGAUGUACUGUGUUCUACUGGACGAUGAUUUCAGACUCACUGGAGGAUUCACAGAGGAUACAUCUUUCCAGUGAAGUUGAUCUCAAGCCACGCCCUGCACCCUCCUCCAGGCCGACACCCAGCAUCCUACUCCAGGCCGACGCCCCAGAGGAUGUACUGUGUUCUACUGGACGAUGAUUUCAGACUCGCUGGAGGAUUCACAGAGGAUACAUCUUUCCAGUGAAGCUGAUCUCAAGCCACGCCCAGCACCCUAUUCCAGACCGACGCCCCAGAGGAUGUACUGUGUUCUACUGGACGAUGACUUCAGACUAGCUGGAGGAUUCACAGAGGAUACAUCUUUCCAGUGAAGCUGAUCAGGGGGGUGUUUCACAAAACUUGUCAUCAGUGACAAAUGAUAGUUUUUGUUAAAAUCUACUGAAAUCCUUGCCUCUGAUUGGUUAUCAGCAGAUUUUUCACUGAUUUUUGUCAUUUGUCAUUGAAAAGGGCUUUGUGAAAUGCCCCCCUGAAGUCACAGUGGUUUCUCACAAGGGCAUUUUGUACACCCUUUUGGUCAAAAUUGAAUGAAAUUGGCCUCUCAAAAUCCCAUGGGGCUGUAUUGAAAGACCAAAACAUGUUUAAGUACGAGUUGACAUAGUCGUUACCCUUGUUGCUACCUAUGUCAGACCAUAGCCCUAGUAGGUCCAUGGACAGAAUGUGCCCUUGGUUUUUUAGUCUGAAAUCAGCCACGCUUAGUUGUUGCACCAAGUAUUUUAUCCACUGGCAAGAAUCCUGGAGUGACCAUUAUUGUCCAUUCUUACAUGUGUAGGUAGAGAUGUAACUUAGAUCUGUCAACGAGGACUGUAAUAUGAGUAAAGAUCCCGUGAUAAGGCACCUCAUGUCUUGAUGUCCAUCUAGGAGUGCAAGGUUUAAAGUUCAUCAUCUGGGGGUGUUUCACAAAGAUCCUAAGUUGAACUUAACUUUAAGUUGGACUUAAAAGCUAUGGAGAGCCAUUUGUAGCCUUAAAAUAAAAUAAA